CGCUCAACGUUCAACGUUCAACUACAAUCUUACUAUUAGUAAUGGUUGCAGUGCCCCCGCUCAGAUAAGGAUGCUGCGGUGCACAGUAUCAUGAUGUGGCAGUCCGUUGUAGCUCCUCAAUUGAUCAAUAAUCACUAUGAACCUCUUGCAGAGACCUCGCAAACAAUUCUCCAGUUUCAGUUUUUAGUCCGACCCUUGCUUAAAUAGACAUCAAGCAAAUGGACUCAGCUAUCACUUCCCCUCACCCCUUCAAUCCAUCAUGACCAUUCACCACAUAGUCCUGUACAAAUUUAAGCCCGAGGUGACCCCAGAACAGAAACAGGGCGUGAGGGACAGCGCCAGCGCUCUUCCGUCGCAGAUACCUGCAAUCCAAAGCCUUAUCACUGGUGAAACGGUGUACAACCAUCUCGGACACGGCUUCGACGAAGGGGUCAUUUUCCUGUUCGAGAGUCAAGCCAAGUUGAACGAGUAUCGCCCACACAAGGCGCUUGAUGAUUAUCGGGCGUUCUUUGAACCUUUGCUCGAAGAUCUACUCAUUUUUGAUAUCGAGUCAUCCGCCUAGAGAGGAGACUAGUUCGAUAGGAUGUUGGGCUGCUCACGCAAGUGAUGGCUCAAGGUGCUGCGUAUAAUUCACCUUCGGAUCGCGACCCCUGAAAUGAAACGUAAUGUUUGAUACGCAGGUGGCUGAAUCAACUGGAUCACAUUCGAGUCGUAACUAUGAGCAUUCACAUCGUUCUCGACGCCAAAACGGCAGUUCUU